UCCAAUAAGCCUUAGAACCAAAAUCUUCUCAAUGGGGAGCCAAAUGAAGAAGCAAUGGCAUCAAUUUGCUUGUGCUUUAGCAUUUUUCUUGAUUGCAACUUGCACUAUAGCAUAUUCACCUGAUUCUUAUAAAUCACCAAUUCCAACAUACAACAACGUACCAAGUCCUGUGACUAAAAGUAACAAUUACGAAGUGCCACAAGUGUUCAAGAACAAUUAUAAGGUACCUUCAAUGCCUAAACAGGAAUACAAGGCGUCAUCUUUGCCAGAGGAUAACUACUAUACGAAGCCAUCAGUUCCAAAAGAUAACUACAAGAAGAUGUCAUCUGUUCCCAAAGAUAACUACUACAAGGUACCUUCAGUGCCUAAACAGGAAUACCAGGCGCCAUCUUUGCCAAAGAAUGACUACUACAAGAAACUAUCUGUUCCAGAAUAUAACUACAAGAAGGUGUCAUCUCUUCCAAAAGAUAACUACUACAAGGUACCUUCAGUGCCUAAACAGGAAUACAAGGUGUCAUCUUUACCAAAGAACGACUACUACAAGAAACCAUCAGUUCCAAAAGAUAACUAUUACAAGGCACCCUCAGCGCCUAAACAAGAAUACGAGGUGCCAUCUGUACCAAAGAAUGACUACUACAAAAAGCCAUUAGUUUCAAAGAAUAACUACAAAGUGCCUUCUGUUCCAAAGGAUAGUUACUAUAAGGCACCCUCAGUGCCUAAAUUGGAAUACCAGGUGCCAUCUGUACCAAAGAAUAACUACUAUAAAAAUCCAUCAGUUCCAAAGAAUAACUACAAAGUGUCAUCCGUUCCAAAGGAUAACUACUAUACGGUACCCUCAGUGCCUAAACCAGAAUACCAGGUGUCAUCUGUACCAAAGAAUGACUACAAAAAGCCAUCAGUUUCAAACGAUAACUACAAGGUACCAUCUGUUCCAAAGGAUAACUACUACAAGGUACCCUCAUUGCCUAAACCGGAAUACAAUGUGCCCUCUUUGCCAAAGAAUGGCUACUAUAAGAAAUCUUCACCAUCUCCUCCACCACCAUAUUACUAUAAUUCGCUCCCUCCUCCUUCACCAUCACCACCACCUCCAUACUAUUAUCAAUCAUCUUCAACUCCUUCUCCAUCACCACCUCCUCCAUAUUAUUAAAGCUUCAUCUUUCAUGUUCACCAUGUUUUUAAAAGGCCAUUCUCCAACAUAACAUAGUCUUAAGGGAUCUAUUUAUUGAGUUUAAGGCAUGAUAUCAAUAUUUGUAAUUCUUUAUUUGUUGUUUUCCUUAAUCCUUUUAUUAUUGCAAUUGUUUUGUCAUUUAAGUUGUACUUUGAA